AUGGAUAUCUAUGAGAACGCAACGUAUAGUGGGCUAUUGACCUACUGUCUAUGUGACUACAAGAAUACCAAGAUCAUAAGAACUAACUCUCGCCGUCGACGUAUCUCUGAUGUACAUUUUAUUGAAUCACCAAACAAUGUCACAAGUUAUGUAGGUCAAACUACCGUACUUGAGUGUAAUGUGAAAAACUUAAGAGGAAAACAAGUAGCAUGGCGGAAACUACCAUCCACUAGUCCCUUAACGAUUGGAACUUUUGUAUUUGAACCAGAUCCAAAAUAUAAAAUACGCAAUGACAAUAAACGUGAACAAUGGGAUCUAAUCAUUGAAAAUGUGGAAAAAAAACAUGCUGGAACCUAUGAAUGCCAAAUUCCUUCAAAUACAAAAAUAGCUGUUCAAGUCAAUCUAACAGUAUUAGACAGAUCACCAGAAUCUAGAAAACAUGAAGUACACAUAUGGGGCACGCAAUACGUGGAUGUGGGAGAGACCAUUACUCUCCAGUGUAAUGCUAGUGGUGUUGAAUACAUACCAGAAGAGGUGGACUGGUUUAAAGAUGGCAAUGAAAUAAAACCGAACACUCAGCCAAAUGUAAUCAUUAGGAAAUUUCCAUCUGUCAAUGAACGUUCACUACGCAGUACAUUGCAAAUUAUGCACGGACGAAUGUCAGAUGCCGGUACCUAUAUAUGCCGAAUUUCAGAAUCUGAUAUAGCUAGUAUUAAAGUACAUGUCUUAAAUGAUCCACGUAAAGAAGGACCCAAAGGAAGAGACAACAGAAAGCGUGAUAGCUGUUUUCCCUUCCCAGGAGAUUGUGAAGAUAAAAAGAAAGGAACUCCUGAUUCAGAUGGGAAGUCAUCAAGCUCGAAAGGAACAGCCAGCGGAAGAGGUCACCUUGCCAAAGCACAAAACAUUCUAUUGUGGACAUGCAUAUUUCUGGCACUGAUAAGCCACCAUAUUUUAAAAAAUUUAUGAAAGUUCAUUUUCCUGUAUGUGAAGGUAUGCCAUCCUGUAUACUUAAAAAUCACUUGUUAAAUUUGGAGAUCCUCAUUGAUCAGCUGGAACUGUAAGCAUCAGAAGGUAUCUUUUAAACAUGUGCAUAUACACACACACCCCACAGGUACGCAUACAUAUAUGCAAACAUACAGAUAUAUAUAUAUACACACACACACACACACACACACACA